AAUAGAGUGUACAAGUUCAUUUGUAAGCUAGUGCUUUGUUUAUAAACUUACAUUUUGUUGUUAUAAAACAGCUUAAAAACGAAACCUUUAGAAACUAUCCGGUUUGGCAAGAACUGCAUUGGAAUAAUGAGCAUACCACUGAAGCACUUCAAGAAAGGUACACCCAAGCCAAGCCUGCCAGAGGAUGGAGUCUUGCGCCUCUACCUCAUGCGCUUCUGUCCGUACUCGGAACGCGCUGCCUUGGUUCUGGCUGCCAAGCAGAUUCCACAUCACAAAAUCUAUAUUGAUCUGAGCGAGAAGCCCGAGUGGUAUACCGAUUACAGCCCCCUGGGCAAAGUGCCAGCCAUUCAGCUGACCGCCGUGGAUGGCCAGCCGGCGCUGGUGGAGUCGCUUGUCAUAGCCGAGUAUCUGGAUGAGCAGUACCCGGGGCGCUCGCUGUUUCCCGCAGAUCCCUUGCAAAAGGCCCAGGACAAAAUACUGAUUGAGCGUCUGGCACCAGCCGUAAGCGCUGUGUAUCCAGUUCUGUUUACCAAGAAUCCGCCAGCCGAUGCGCUGCCAAACUUCGAGCAGGCCUUGGACGUGUUCGAGCAGGAGUUAACCAAACGUGGCACGCCCUAUUUCGGUGGCCAGCAGAUUGGCAUGGUGGACUACAUGAUCUGGCCCUGGUUCGAGCGCUUCCCAGCCCUCAAAUUCGUACACGCCGAUAAAUACGAGCUGGAUAAAACGCGCUAUGCGAAGCUGUUGCAGUGGGUCGAACUGGUGGCUCAGGAUGAGGCAAUCAAGCAAACGGCGCUGGACAGCCAGGUGCAUGCCAAAUUCAUGGCCACGCGCCAGGCUGGAGAGCCCAACUAUGAUGUGGCCUUCGAGGCCGUCUAGUGAGCAAUCUCUUGUUGGAAUUAUACAGGCUAGAUAAUAAAUCCCAAUUGAUAUUAGAUCGGAACUUCUAUAGAUCUUGUAUGCCUAGCAAAUAAUUAUAUACUCCCUCCCUCUGCAGGCUCUGCCAAGC